AUGGCUUCGAAAGGACAGGUCGAGAGUUUGACCGAGGAGGUAAUCUGUCCCAUCUGCCUGGAUUUCUUCUGCCUGGAUUUCUUCACCGAUCCGGUGUCACUGGAGUGCGGGCACAACUUCUGUCGCUCUUGUAUCACACGGUGUUGGGAGAGGGAGGGGAGAAACUCCUGCCCGGAAUGUAGAGAGGUAUUUGCUAACUGCACCCUCAGGGCCAGUCGGGCCUUAGCAAAUCUGGCUGAAAAAGCUCGAAAUCUAAACCUGAAUCCGAAAGGUAAGGAAAGUAAACUUCACUGCGAGGAACAUGAGGAAGAACUGAAGCUGUUUUGUGAAACGGACAAGACACUGAUCUGCCUGAUCUGUAGAGAUGCGCAGGAACACAGAGAGCACCGCUUCCUGCCGAUUAAAGAAGCUGUUAAAAUCUACAUGGAUCAGCUGAAAUCUUCCUUAGACUCUCUCACAAAAAUGGAAUCAGACUUCCAGGAAAAGGAGCAGCAACAGAAAGAGAAGAUUUCCGGAGUUCGGGAACAGUCACACAGCGUUCAGACCCACAUCACAUCCCAGUUUGUUGAACUGCACCAGAUUAUCACUGAGAAAGAGCAGAGUUUACUCAGGGAUCUCAGGGAAGAAGAGGAGAGGAUUCUAAAUCCAAUGGAGAAAAAUCUUCAAAAGAUUCAAGAGAAUAUAAGGCUUAUUCAGGAGGAAAUCACAAAUUUAAAGGAACAGAUGAAUCAAAAAGACAGUCUGAUAUUUCUCAAGGAGGAAGCUCCAUGGAACAGGAGGAUUAAUGACGAUGUCAAGGAAUUGUCAGUGACAGAUGAGGCCCUACCGUUUGAAACAUUCGAUCACCCCGAUUUGCUGAACACAGUGCUGAGAGAAACACUUGAUGCCAUUAAUCGAGCUCCUAUCUCUGUCACCCUGGAUGUGGAAACGGCGCAUCCGGAGCUGGAGGUGUCUGAGGAUCGGAAGAGUGUGAGAUGGACCGGGACACGGAGGAAUCUCCCUGAGACCGGGAAGAGGUUCACAGGCCGGGCUUGUGUGCUGGGAUCGGAGGGAUUCACAUCAGGGAGACAUUACUGGGAGGUGGAGGUGACGGGGAAUCGGGUCUGGUGUCUGGGAGUCGCCGCAGAGUCUGUGACGAGGAAGCGAGGGUUCACUCUGAGUCCGGAGACCGGAUUCUGGGCCAUCAGGCGGUAUUAUGACGUGAUGAAUGUUAUCCCCUCCCCUGAGUCCCGUAUCCGUGCAGGGAUCGCGUUGAUGCGUCACGUGAUAAAGUUUCUCCCCUCCCCUGUGACCCGUCUCCCUGCCGGUCCCAUCCCCGAGAGGGUGGGAGUGUAUCUCAGUUACGAGUCCGGGAGAGUUUCAUUUUACAACGCGGAGACCAAAUCCCAUCUCCACACCUUCACUGGGAACAAAUUCACGGAGAAACUUCAUCCUUUCUUCUGGCCUUGGGAUAGAAACCAGUGGCUGAGGAUCUGCUCCGGUUCGGCUCCGGGUCUGUAAACGGGUCGGGUCCCGGGACCACCGUCAGGAAUAAGGUCCCUGUGCGCGGAGAGUGAAAUAAACGCGAGAUGAUAAUAAUCGAUCCCGUCAACCGAACAGAAACACCGUGGAUUCAGCCGCAGCCGCGGGGCAGCGGGUCCUGAGCUCCCCCGGGUCCUAAAGUCCAACCGCAACGGGGGCGGUGCUGACUGGGAGAGGGGGUUAGGGUGAAUCUUUGUAAGACCAUAAACACACAGGAGUAGAAUUAGGCCGUUCAACCCAUCGACUCUGCUCCGG